AGGUUGAGCAGGUUGUUCCCUGAAUGCCACUCUGUUGGGCCCUCCUUCCCUGCUUCUCUCUCUGGGCCGUUUGCUGAUUCACUCUCAUGUUGGCAGCUCAGUGAAGAGAUUUUGUUGCCUGUGCACCUGUUCUCAUCCGAUACAGCCUAAGAACAAGAGUGAAACCAAAGGUGAAUAUGGAACUGUAUUUAAAAAUCACAGCAGGCCUCCUCCUUCUGCUUGUCCAAGCUUUCCACCUGGCAUCACUCCAAGAUUCAACCGACACUCCGGGGCGAACAAUUGAUAAAAGCUGGCUCCGUGAACUAGCCAAAAAACCAGCUGGAAGUCAAAAUGCUGCAGCUACUACAGCGGAGAAAGAAAAUGAUUAUGGAGAUGAAGCAUCUACUAUGGGGUCAAGUUUUGAUCCCAACAAUGUAACAUCUGGCUUCAUGGCACUAAAUACUGAAGUAAAUGUGAAUGUAACCAGUCAAGAUAAGGGUGCAAAUGAAACAUCUGAUGAUCCUAGCACCAUGCUUCCCAAUAAACCUGAAAUGCCAGACACCACCUUUUCUCCAACUACUACACAUCCCAUAGACCCAAGUCAGAUCAACAUGACAAAAGCCAAGGAGGAUUUUCAGAACUUAACAACAACUCCUCAAAACCUCACAACUCAUCUGAGAGUAGAAAACUCCACCAGUUUUCCAGAUUACUUCAAUCACACUGAUUUACCAACGACAACCGUGGCUGCUGAGAGCAAUACCACUCAAGAAUCCAUAACAAAAUCAGACAAAGAUAUGGGUUUAACGAAUGAGACAGAAUCUACCAACACAACAACCAUGACAAACAUAACAACCACAUCAACCACAAUGACGCCAGAGAUAAGUGAAACACCAACAAUGUCUUCAUCUACAGUGUUCCUAUCUGAGACCACAGAAAGCCCUGCAACUCUAAACGCACCUAAGAAGGUCAACGAGACAGACAAAAGUGGAACCUCAGGAAGCAGCUCAGAAAGAGGUUUGGCAGCAGAUUACAACAACAGUAAAAGACAGGGAGCGUGGGGGGCUAUACUGGGAACAGCGGUGGCUGUGACAGCAGUGGGACUGGUGGCCUACAUAAUCCUGAAAAAGAAACAGCAGAAGGGUUUCUCUCACAGGAAACUGGUUGAAGAAUAUCCUGCAGACCCAGUUCUCAGAUUAGACAACAGUGGACCUUUGGACUUGACCUUUGGUGGUUUGGCCUAUUACAACCCAGCACUCCAAGGGGACGACAUCCAAAUGACCAACUUCCCAGAACGCCGACAGAACUGAAAAGACACCCAAGACCAAAGUCAUGAACUCCCUGACACUUAUUGGCUCUUGAUAGACAUCCCAUAAUGUGGAUUUUUGUAAAUAAGACUGUCUGAAAGUGACAUUUGUGGAUGGAAAUUACAAAGGAUUUUGUAAAAGUCUGUUGUCAGCCACUACAAAUGAACUCAUCUUAGAUUAUGCAUUGUGUUUAUUGCAUUGAAAUAGAGGGAUCACUGAAGGUAAUCUAUCUGAACUACACUGCAACAGCCAAAAUUAACCAGCCAUUUAUGUAUGUUGCCAAACAGGAAUCAAAUGAAGAUUUUACUAAUGAAUAUGUUUUGCAGUCAAUGAAGAUUGUUAAAAAAUAAUAUGUCAUAACUUGGUUUCAUUUUUUAUUUUUUGUGUGUGUAUGAAUAGGAGCCACAAAAAGCUGUUUAAGACAAGCAAAACAAACACAUUAGCAUAUAAUCAGAUCAGCUAAAGAGAAGAAACCAGAAUGUGACUUCUGCUGAAGCAAAACAAAAGUGCAACAAAAUUCAGAAGCCAUGGUGAACAAUAGCAUUAUACAUGUCAACAAUAACCUGCUGUUGUGGUAUUAGAAAGGCAAUAAGAAGUUAAAUUUGAACAGCGCUGUCUGAUAUCCUACAACUGGCAGUCACAGCCAGACUAAGAAUUGAACCGUCAAACCAAAGAUUUGAGUUUAUUUUUCUACACCAGUGAGGAAGGUGGUGGGAGGCUGGGUACUGUUUUGUUAUUCAUAGACUGUGGUUUUGGUAUUCAGGAAGGGAGUUGUGUAUUUGGUCUUAGCACUACUCAGUAGCAUCAACUAUAUCAUCAUAUUAUUCUGCUUAAAUCUUCCGACCUCCAGGUGUCCAAACAGAGAUUUGAGUUUCUCGUAGUGACAGUGUGCUCCCGGGAGAGUUACAUAGCAUUUAUCUGCUGCAUACCUAGAGCAAAAGUAGAACAUAACUAAUGCUGAAUUUAAAAAAAAAAAAAAAAAAAACUUUAUUGUUAUGCUUUUAAGUUUUCUUUAAACUUAGAGUGACAACCUUUAGCAAGAACAGUGUCUCUUUUUUAAACUAAGACAAUGUGGUUGGGCAAGGAGGGAAUAGUCAGGGAUUAACUACACGCUCGUUCUUUUAUCUAAUUCUUUUGUACGAUAACAUCUAACAAUAUUUCAUAUUUGUUCGUUUCUUAGAUUUGUUUCUUUUCUAUGUUAUAUAUAAAAAAAAACACAACAUACUUUUAUAACUGUAAAUGUGAAAAAAAUAUAAAAUAAAAUCAUCCAGAACAUGCAUUUUUCAGCUCUCUCGAUCCUUUUAGUCAUUACCUGAGUGAAUCCCGUCCUGAUUUUGAUUGAUAUGUGCAGGUCUGCUUCCUUCCUCACUCUAAUUUCCCACAUCAAUCAGAAGCAUUUUGUCUAAGAGUGAGGAGUUUUGUGGUGCGGUGUUAAAGAAUUGCAAUGAUUACUGCAAAAAUAAUGCAGGGCAGACAGAAAAUGGGAUACUUAUUCAUUGGGUAUAGCUGCUUGGAAAAUGUAAUGGAACUUGACGAUGCCUUAAUAAACAACCAAAUCCCCCCAAAA